UCGUUUAUUCGACAAGUACUCCGUUGUGACUAUGAUGAGUAAGGUUAAGUCAUUGCCAACCUAAGAUGUAAUCUUAGCUUAGAUAUCACAUUUAGUGAUUAGAUAUAAUAUUUCUCUAAACAUUAAUACACAGUAACAACUUACAAUUAAUAAAAUAGUAUGUCAGUGGGUCGUAAAUUUCGCAGGGUAAUUUUGGGAAUGUCAGGAGGGAUAGACAGCUCAGUAGCUGCUUUAAUUCUCAAAAAGCAAGGUUAUGAUGUAAGUGGACUGUUUAUGAAGAAUUGGAACAUAACUGACGAAACUGGAAAUUGUUCAGUAGAUCAAGACUUUCAAGAUGCAGCAAGAGUGUGUUCUACACUAGGUAUAACACUUCUAGAAGCUAAUUUUUCUAAAGAAUACUGGAACUAUGUAUUUACCGAUUUGAUUGACCAAUAUCAAAAUGGACAGACACCUAAUCCUGAUGUUCUUUGUAAUCGACAUAUAAAGUUUAACAGAUUUGUCAAUUAUGCAAUUGAAAGAUAUGGAGCUGAUGCAAUUGCUACUGGACAUUAUGCUCAAUCAUCAUUUGGGUCAUUUUUAGAGUCUUAUGACAAAGUUAAAGGAGUUCACUUAUUAAAAGCUGUGGACAAAUUUAAAGAUCAAACCUUUUUUCUUAACCAAGUUUAUCAAGAUAGUUUACAAAGGACAAUGUUUCCUUUGGGAUCAUUAACUAAAGAUCAAGUUAAAAAAAUUGCAUUUGAGAAUAAUUUUUUUCACUUACUUGAUAAAAGAGAAAGUACAGGAAUUUGUUUCAUUGGGAAAAGAAAGUUUUCUUCAUUUAUUUCCGAAUAUCUACCUGAUACUGAAGGUUCAUUCAUAGAUGUCGAUACAGGUUUGCAUGUGGGGCGUCACCGUGGUAUACACCACUGGACAUUAGGCCAGCGUUGUAGAAUUGGUGGAAAUGCAGAUCGUUUCUAUACAGCUAAGAAGGUACCAAAUACUCAAGACAUUUUAGUUGCAAUGGGAAAGAAACAUUUGAUUUUAUGGAGCCAACACUUAACAACAAGCCAACCUAAUUGGAUUCAUUCGGUUCCUAAGAUUUUAACUAAAGGUGGUGUUCUACAUUGUGAGUUUAGAUUUCAGCAUACUUAUCCAUUAAUCCCUUGUAAAGUAAUGAUGAAGGAGGAUACAUCUCUAAUCAUCAUAUUGGAAAAACCUUUGUUUGCUUUAACAGCUGGACAGUAUGCAGUUCUUUACAAAGAUAAUGAAUGUUUAGGUGGUGCAAAAAUAGAGAACACUGCUCCAAGUCUGUAUACAAUAAGCAAUAAUUGUAAUAACAGACAGUCGAAAGCUUGUGGAGGGCCGUGAAACGAAGUAUAAAAAGUGGCAUAUCAGCCAACUUGCUUGCAGAUCAUCUCCGUGAGUAUUUAUACAGAAUAGAAGUACGGUUUUCCAGAGAAGAUGCUUCAACAACUUCUCGAAACCGGCUAAUCAUUGCUACCCAGAAAAAAAUUUAAAUAAUUAAGCAUAUUUUGUAUUUCUUGUUAUAAAUGUUU